AUGGACGGCUGGCUGGUCGUCAUAGAGUAUAGUUUUGUUCGAAUAGUCAUAAGGGAAAAACUUAGAGCAUUUCCCAUUUUUAUUUCUUUUCCCGCAAAACUCAGGCUUGCAAUCAUGCAGCUGAUGUUUAAUUACAAGAUCUCGAAGGCGUCUUUCACCUUCGGCUCGUGGGCUUUUAUCAUCCUUAUCUGGCAGUGGCGGAAUAUGGGCAAGAAUGUAACCUUCAAUAAUCUCCGGUAUAGCAGGAAUAUCAGUAGCCAUCACUCUAUGAAAGUGAGGACCACCCCUUUUUUGGAACUCCAUACUUUCUGCAUACCCUAACUGUUUCCCAAAUAUUUUC